AUGGCAGACCCUCCGACCAUCGCAUCCGUCCCAUAUCCAAAGAAAAAAGGCGAGAAUGUAAACGACUUAUAUUUUUCUAACGCCAGAGAGCCUGGCACCUUGCUUACCGUCGACCCUCCUCCUCUUCUACCUCCGGCGCGUCCAUCACCGGCAGGGCAAAGGAAAAAUCAACUUCUGGCGUCCCCUGGAGACGCUGCUAAGCCGCCUCCGCUGGAGGGUCUAAAGGGCUCGCUCGCAGAGCCUGCGUCACCUUUGCAUCCCGUCGCCCAGCUAGUCGAUAUCGUCUUGCAGCUCACGAAGGAGCGCUACGGUGCUAGCCUACGGGUUCAGCGCAAAGUGGUCGAUGAAGUUGUGCAGGGCGUGGCGGAGGCAGCCGAUGAGAGCGAGCGCGGAGAAAGCAUGACCCUGUCUCAUGCCGGCACGGCGCGGCUAAGCGUCCUGGAACCCAUCACCGCAAUGGACGCCACGCCGCGCGCCAUCGGUAGCCCCAAAUUCGCGGAAGAAGUUGAGAACGUGUACAAGUUUGACCUGAUGGAGGAUAACCCCAAGUGGAAGAGCUUCCUGACAUCCAGCACGGUGGACAAGGCGCGUGUGUGGCAAUCCAAGCGUCAGAUGACAUCGAGCCCAUUAAGCAGGCUGAUUUGCAGCGCCAGGGAGUGGAUCUACAUGACAUUGUCGUACCCGGACUACUCGGACCUGGCCUACUGGUUCGGCGUCUUCAUGAUCUGCAUCAUCCUGCUCAAUACCAUCACCUUUUGCAUCGAGUCCGUGCCGUACUACGCCAACACAUCCGUGUACAGCGCCCUUACGAUUGUGGACUACAUCUGUAUGGGCAUCUUCACCGUAGAGUACCUGCUGCGGCUGCUGUGCUGCCCCAACUUGGGCCGUUUCGUGCGGUCCUUCUCCAACUUUAUCGACCUUGUCGCCAUCCUGCCCUUCUAUGCGGAGCUCUGCGCCAAGGGAACGUCAAACGAAUCAGAGGCGUUCCAGACUCGAGUAGUAAGGCUGCUGCGAGUCUUCCGCGUACUGCGCAUUGUCAAGACCAUGCCCAAGCUUCGUCACCUGACGCUGGUUUCUGACACCCUUCGCGACAGCGUGGAGGUCCUCAUUAUGCUGGCCUGCCUCUUGCUGGUGCUGCUGGUGGUGUUUGGCACCAUCAUAUUCUUCGUGGAGCCUGGAACCUUUGAUAGCAUACCGCAGGCGAUGUACUACGCGCAGACGACGCUGACCACGACGGGCUACGGCGAUUUGUACCCGGUCACACCGUGGGGCAGGUUCUUGGCGGGCGCGGCAAUGCUGCUGUGCAUGGUGGUUAUCUCUCUGCCCAUUGCGGUCAUUGGCGGCAACUUUAGUGAGAAGUGGUCGGACUACAAGCAGUUCAAGGGCGCCAUUGACCGCAGCUCCAGGGUUUACCCUACUGCCAGGUCGCUUCAGGGCGAGCUGGAGAGGUACGAGAAGGCCCUUGAUGACGUCAUGAAGCGCCUACAGGAGUGCGAGGUGGCGUCAGAGAAGCGGCUGCAGACGGUGCGAGAGGAUAUCGGCGUCGCGCGCAUGGCGCUACUGCGGGGCGGGGCCGCAGGCACCGGCGCGGCGGGCUCGCCUCCCUCCGCGGAGGACGCUGCUGGCCGACUGUUCCAGGCGGCCAAGGCCGUGAUACGCCGCGGGCGCAACGGCGGCAGCACCACCACUAUUGCUCUUUCCGGCAGCUACUCUUCCAUUCCGCCCAUGCCCACGCCGCUGUCGCCGGGCGCUAGCGCUGCCGUGCUUGUCGAUUUGGGAAACGACGCCGCCUGCAGUGGGUCCCCUCCGUGGCUAAAGCGCCAAGACGAGCAGGCUAGGGCGGCGGCACCACUGACUGCGGGCUGCACCUCCCAGCAUCAGCAGCCGGAAGGCGAGGGGGGCAUCAAGGCACUGGCAGCAGCGGGAAAACCUGGAUGCGGAGAAGCUGCAGCGGCAGAAGCAGCUGCAACAUUGGGGCGUGAUGGCGUCGGAUUCAAGGCAAUGGUGUCCCGGGUCAUGAGGGACCGCAAGGGGCGGACAAAAGCUGAAGCUCAUUCCUCAGUUUCAGAGCCGGGAAUGGAGCCUGGCGGCAGCGGCAGGGCCGGCUCCGUUGCCGGUACGGCGGGACCCGCGUCGGCUGGUGGCUGUGCGCCACACCCACCCUUGUCGAGCAUUGAACGUGGCGACCAUGCGAUGGUGGCGGCGGCAGCGGAGGCGUCCAGCGGGUCGACAACAGCCAGGAUGGCAACGGGUCCGGCCGUGAAUGCAUCUGGUGGCAACAGCUCACGGAAAUCCCCGGUGGGGUUGGCGGCGGUGACACCGUCUUCGCCGGAGCACUCCGCCGGUUUCGUCGAGCCCUUGUUGGGGCCUACAACAGAAGACAUCUGCCUCCCUUCUCCCCCGCAGCCUCCUGUACCGCCGCCGCCGGCGCCUCCACCGCCACCCAUUGUCGUCACUCCGCAACAUUCUGUUGCCACGACCGCCUCCCUCUCCGCUUCCGUCAACGCGCCCACGACCGCCAGCGCCAGGCUCGGGGGCCUGGCCCGUCAUGUCACCAGCUCCGUCACGAACUUCUUGGGCAGGAAGAAUAAUGGCGCCCUAGUAUCAACCGCCUCGGUGGUGAACGUCGAGCAGCAGGAAGUUGUGGCAGGCGCAGCGGCGGUGCAGCUGCCCAUGGACCCUGCGGCUCUGGAGACCGCCGCGGCCAGAUUGGAGCACGCGGAGGCGGGGUGCCGGCGCGCUCGGGAUCUGCGGAUUCGGCAUGAGGCCCUCGCGGCGCAAGCCGCAAUCCUGCGGACGGACGGCAUGCCAGAUAAGCUGGAGACGGCAAGUUGGGAGGGCGAGAGGGAAAGAAAUUUGGACGAGCAAUACCGGCUCCUGCGCUGCUGGCAGGAUGAGUUGGGCCCUAUGGCUGAGCGUAUGUGGUGCUUGCGUGACGCGCUGGAUGAGCUGGCGUGGGCGCUCCAGGAGGGGCUGCAGGAGGAGGACAAGAUCAAGUACCAGCCUGCAAGCCGGGAGGAGCGCGCCUCCGCAGAUGCUGCACUGGGCGUGGUGCGGUACAAGAUGGCUGGCCCUGAAGCCGCCAAAGCGGCGGCUGCGGGGUCAAGAGGCGGCAGCGCCAGUGUGCGCGCGGGCGCAGGGCCACCAACCGCCGUCAUUGCGGCCGACGGCAGCAGUGCUGCGCAGGUUAAUAGGGAUAUGUCGCCGUUGAAAUGA